AUGAUCGUCGUUCGUAAAGAGUUCGUUCUCCUGAUCACCGCUUUGGUCAUCGUGUCGCAAGUCAAUUCAAAGCCAGUAGCAGCGGACGACCAUAUACAGCUAGUUCCAUGGGACAGCGAUUCACUACCAGCUCCUAGGAGCUACGAAAAGGCUAUAAAGGAAGCGCAGGAGAUGGAAAUGGAGUCGAUGCUUCAUGGGCGAUCGAAACGUAGCGUUCCUGAAGAAGGAGAUCGACCAGUGCCGAGGAUUCUUCGAAAGUUCGAAUAUGGCGCUGUUGAAGGAGAAGAACAACAGCCGGUCCCGAGAGAACAACUGGUGUCGGGGCUUAUAGAAAAGUUCAAACGUGGUACUCUUGAAGAAGAAGGAGAACAGCCGGUGAUGGGGCUUAUUGGAAAGUUCAAACGCAACGUUCGUGAAGGAGAAGGAGAAGAACCGCACAUGUACAAACUCAAAUAA